UCAGACUCCUCUCUCCCACCGCAAUCGUCCAUAAACACACACAGAGGAUCAACACGCCUUCUCUCGCAUUUCAUUCUUUCAUCGUACUAUAAUAUCUUUGGGCAUUCACUGUAUUGUCAGCUUUUCCCACCUCAACCUUUUGUGUUCUGUUGGAAAUCAGAAGAAUCUGAAUUCUUGUCGGGUUGCUCUUGAUUUUUCGGUUACUGAAGUUUUCCUCAUUUUCGCGACCGGGAUAGUGGUUGGUCUGUUAUUUUAGUGAUACACGUGAUUUGGGUCUCGAGUCAAAAUUUGAUCUUUGGAAGAUUUCUCUUUUUAUGGCAAUAUACAUGUGAGGUUGUUGGGAUCUUUUUGGAAAAAAAAAGUUUUGCUUUUGUAUCAAAUAGGUAUCUCAGAAAAGCUAGUGCUAUACUGUCUACGUAUUCUUAAGAGUUCCUCGUACUAUAUUAUAUUUGUUGAGUCACAAUUUAAUAUUAUAUAGAACAAGAAUCUUUAGUUGAUAAUCAGGGGGGUUUAGUAUCUGGUUUGGGUUCUAGGAGCGGGAUCGUUGCAAUGGAUUCCUGCUGUGCCACCAUGAAAGCAAAUGCCCAUCCUUCGCAAUUUAGAAGGGCUUUUGGCUAUGGAGACAGUGGAUUUCUGGGAAAGAAGAUCAAGGGAAGUCUGAAAAGCAAGGCUUCAGGGACCAACUUUUGCAGGAGUUUGAAAAGUAGUAGUGUAAACAGGGCUAAAAAGAUCAAGCCUGGGGUGGCUUUCUCCAUCUUUACACAAGACAUAGACCAAGAGAUUAUGCAAUUUGAAGCACCUGUAUUUGAUGAGAGUUCAACAGUAGAUCCUAAAACUGUAGCUGCAAUCGUUUUGGGUGGAGGUGCCGGAACUCGCCUGUUUCCCCUUACCAGCAAAAGGGCUAAACCGGCUGUGCCAAUUGGAGGUUGUUAUAGGCUAAUUGAUGUGCCCAUGAGCAACUGCAUCAACAGUGGAAUACGGAAAAUUUUUAUCUUGACCCAGUUUAACUCAUUUUCCCUUAAUCGGCACCUUGCUAGAACGUACAAUUUCGGAAAUGGUGUGAAUUUUGGAGAUGGGUUUGUGGAGGUUCUUGCUGCCACUCAGACAUCAGGCGAAGCUGGAAAGAAGUGGUUUCAAGGAACUGCAGAUGCUGUUCGGCAAUUUACAUGGGUAUUUGAGGACGCCAAGAACAAAAAUGUUGAACACAUAGUAAUAUUGUCCGGAGACCAUCUAUACAGAAUGAAUUACAUGGACUUUGUUCAGAAGCAUGUUGACACUAAUGCAGAUAUUACUGUUUCAUGUGUACCCAUGGAUGAUAGUCGAGCCUCAGAUUACGGGUUAAUGAAGAUUGAUGGGACAGGGCGUAUUAUCCAAUUUGCUGAGAAACCAAAAGGCGCUGAUUUGAAAGCAAUGCAAGUUGACACCUCGCUUCUUGGACUUUCUGCAAAAGAGGCUAUGAAGUAUCCAUACAUUGCAUCAAUGGGUGUUUAUGUAUUCAGAACAGAUGUUCUGCUGAGCCUUCUGAGGUGGAAAUAUCCUUCCUGUAAUGACUUUGGCUCUGAGAUCAUUCCCUCAGCUGUGAAGGAUCAUAAUGUUCAGGCGUAUCUUUUUAGUGAUUACUGGGAGGACAUUGGGACUAUAAGGUCGUUCUUUGACUCCAAUUUGGCACUUACAGAGCAGCCUCCGAAAUUUGACUUUAACGACCCAAAGACUCCUUUUUAUACAUCUCCUAGAUUCUUGCCACCUACUAAAGUUGAAAAAUGCAGGAUUGUGGAUGCAAUCAUUUCACACGGUUGCUUUCUUCGGGAGUGCAGUGUCGAGCAUUCUAUAGUUGGCGUGAGAUCACGCUUAGACUAUGGUGUUGAAUUGAUGGAUACUAUGAUGAUGGGUGCGGACUACUAUCAAACUGAAUCUGAAAUUGCAUCUUUAUUAGCAGAGGGGAAGGUGCCCAUUGGUGUUGGACAGAACACCAAAAUUAGAAAUUGUAUAAUAGACAAGAAUACCAAGAUAGGAAGAGACGUGGUCAUUACAAAUGCGGAUGUAAGCCUUUCUUGCUUUCUAUUUUCUGUGCUUUGCUGGGAAUCCUUAUACAGGAGCAUCAUGCUGCAGAGGAUUUAUAAGUUUUAUCGGAUGUUACAGGGUGUUGAAGAAGCCGACAGACCAGAAGAAGGUUUUUACAUUAGAUCUGGAAUCAUUGUCAUUCUGAAGAAUGCAACAAUUAAAGAUGGAACCGUCAUAUAAUGGUGUCAAGAUUAUCAGUUUCUGCUACGAUGAGGCCCCUGUAUAUGUAACUAUGCUAUGUUUUUGUUCAGACUCGUUUAAGGUCUAAGUUUUGGAAUAAAAUUUAAUGAUGGCGAGGA